UUCUCAAAGCUUCCGGCACAGAUUCCAGACUGCCGGCCGGCAUCUGUUCAUGCAUAAACAGUAGGCCCCAACACACCUCACCUACCUGCAACAUACACACCUCUCAUCUAUUCCCUUCUCCUAGCCUACUACAUCCUAGCCACCACCAUGACAGCCCCCCUCGUAACAUCCCACCCCUCCUACGCCUCUUCCCUCGCCUCCAACCUCCACACCCGCCUCGGCUGGGGCACCUCCCCCGCCCUCCUCCUCAUCGACGUCUGCAGCGCCUACUGGUCCCCGACUUCCCCCCUCUCCCUCCUCGCCGACCCUGCCGGCUCCACCUCUCCCGCCUGCAUGCGCCGCCUCCUCGCCGCCGCCCGCACCGGCGCCACCCCCGUCCUCUGGGCCCAAGUGCGCUACAACCACCCCAAGAUGCUCGACGGCGCCAUCCAAGCCGUCAAAGCGCCGGGCAUCAGCAUCUGGCAAGACGGUGACACGCGGGGCAUGGACGCGUGGCUCGAGGGCCUGACGCCCGGACCGGACGACGUGGUGGUGCUGAAGAAGAACCCGAGUGCGUUUUUUGGGACGAAUCUGGCGGGGGUGCUGCAGGGCAUGGGGGUGGAUACGGUGGUGGUUUGUGGGGUGAGCACGAGUGGGUGUGUGCGGGCGACGGCGGUGGAUGCGGUGGGGUGGGGGUUUAGGAGUGUGGUGGUGGAUGAGGGGAGUGGGGAUCGGAGUCGGGAGAUUCAGCAGGCGACGCUGUUUGAUUUGGAGAGUUUGUUUGCGGAUGUGGUGGCGGAGGAGGAGGCGGUGGAGAAGUUGGGGAAGGGGUGGGAGAGGUAGGGAAAGGGGGAGUGGAUGGUAGGGGUCACGUGAUAUGUGAGGUUUUGAGGAAGAAAUUCAUUUGCCCAUUUCAUCUGUUCUUGGAAAUCGGAGAGAGAGACGAGAAUAGUUGAACGCUGUUUUGAAAGUUAUUUCUGUGUAGAUUGAGGAAUGAUUAGAGGAGUUUGUGAACUGCAGUUGUCGAUUGGUGAGAAAGAGAUCUGGUAGUUGAAGAAAGAACGAACGAACCCGGUAAGACUGGCGCAAACUUGUAUGAUACAAAACGAGAAGUGUUCAAGACCUCGA